ACAUUUCAUGCAACAACACCACCACUGAGGCAAUUUCACUGCCACACGCUCUUAUUCUUCUCAUUUUCUUCUGGUUUGGACGUUGGUGCGUGCCAUGAGGUGGUGAAGAAGAAAGAGCAUGGGGGCGUCGCUGUCGAACCUAAGCACCAACGGUUCGAGCCUCGGUCCUAGCCUCGGGGACAUACCUGAGGCUUGUGUGGCCUGCGUUUUCCUCUACCUGACGCCGCCGGAGAUUUGCAACCUCGCGCGCCUCAACCGCGCGUUUCGAGGCGCUGCUUCGUCGGAUUCCGUUUGGGAAGCAAAGUUGCCGCGUAACUACCAAGAUCUGCUGGAUCUGGUGCCGCCGGAGCGCCACCAGAAUCUCUCGAAGAAGGACAUUUUCGCGCUCUUAUCGAGGCCGUUACCCUUCCACGACGGCCAUAAGGUGGGUGGUGCUCUUCAGGAAGUGUGGCUGGACAGGGUCACGGGAAGAGUUUGCAUGUCAAUUUCGGCGAAGGCGAUGGCGAUUACUGGGAUUGAUGAUCGGAGAUACUGGAAUUGGAUUCCUACUGAAGAAUCUAGGUUUCACACCGUGGCAUAUUUGCAGCAAAUCUGGUGGUUUGAAGUGGAUGGGGAGGUAACAUUUCCAUUUCCUGCUGAUAUUUAUACUAUCUUCUUUAGGCUUCACGUUGGACGGUUUUCCAAAAGGCUUGGACGACGUGUAUGCAAUUAUGAACACACCCAUGGUUGGGAUAUAAAACCUGUGAAAUUUGAGUUGACCACUUCAGAUAGUCAGCAUGCGUCUUGUGAAUGCUGUUUGGAUGAAACUGAGCUUGAUGAUACAUAUGGCUACCGUAAGCGUGGAUACUGGGUGGAUUACAAAGUGGGUGAGUUUAUUGUCAGUGGAUCUGAGCCAACAACACAAGUUAGGUUUUCCAUGAAACAGAUUGAUUGUACACAUUCUAAAGGUGGACUUUGUGUAGAUUCUGUAUUUAUUUUACCUAAUGAUUUGAGAGCGCGCAAGAGAAGAGGCAUUUUGAAAUAGCCAUAAAAGAAUAGGAAGCUUUUUUUUUUUCCAUGUAAGCUUGUUUUUUAAGUGAUUUAGAUAUCCCAUAAUACUUUAUUGGGAUCUAUCAUACAGCUUGUACUUACUGAACAAAGUUGAAAAUUUGGAGAAUGUCAUAUUUUGGAGGGUUUUUUUUGUGUGUAUUUUUUUUGGCUGUAGGUGAGUAUCCCAUAUAUCUAUGUAAUAAUAAUAACAAUAAUAAUAAUAAUAAUUUCUUUGUAUU